AUUUUCAGAGAGAGGAGGGGAGAAAAAAUCUGCAGAACAAGUGAGAGCGUCAAAAAAAAUAAGCAAAUAGAGACAGAGAGAGAGAGAGAGAGAGGCAUUCAUUCAUCACAGAUAAUACAGAGCAUUUGCAGCCUGUGAAAAUUGCUAGUGAUAUCAUAGCUUGUUGAAGGUAAUGAAGUAAAUAGUUGGCUGUCUGCCGGAAGUGACGGCGUGUUGCACAACUUGUCCCUCCCGAAGGAGCACCAAUAGAUUAGCAGAGCUUUAAGUCAGAUAACAGGGCUUUUCAAGAGAAGGAAAUAAUACAAUAAAAGCCUACAUUUCUGGGAAACCUAAAAUUCUUUUUUUUAAAAGAAAAGAGAGACUGCUGUCAGUGUGAAGAUGGAGACAGUUUCCCAAGAUUCACAAAUGGAAUGCCAGAUUUGUUUUAAUUACUACAGCCCACAUCGCCGCCCUAAGCAACUGGACUGUAAGCACACCUGCUGCUCUGUCUGCCUUCAACAGAUGAGGAGCAGUCAGAAGGAGCUGAUGUGCCCCUGGUGUCGGAGUGUGACCAAACUCUCCCCCAGCCUCUCAGUGUCUCAGCUGCCUGAUGACCCAGAAAUAAUCACAGUGAUCAGUAUCCCCCACACUUCAGACCGCACCCCAGUCUUUAUCAGGCUCCCAAGCAGUGGUUGCUACAUGGUCCCUCUGACUGUAACUAAGGAGAAUGCUCUGUUGCCAGGAGAGGGGGGUUGCCGACUGUUGCCAGGGAAUCAGCGGAAGACUGUAACUGCUGUGCUCAUCCCCGGGGAACAGCAGCAGCAUCGACAGCACCCGAUGCAAAAUGGACUGAGGGAGGAUGAGGAAGAGGAUGAAGGCAGGGAAGGUAUCAAAACUUCCACUUGCUCAGGCGUUUGCACUGUGCUACUUGUGGCCUGUGUCCUCCUUUUCCUACUUGGUAUCGUCCUGCAUAAUAUGUCCUGCAUAUCAAAGCGAUUUACUGCCAUUUCUUGUGGCUGAUAUGACUGCUAACCUGCAGGAGGCGUUCAAAAUUUACCCAUGUGCGUGAUACCCGGACGAUGGCUGAACUGAAGAACGCAAACCAUUUAAUCUCUUAAAGCAUGGGCUACAGAUCAGUGCUGGGGAAGUUGAAUAAACACAUAAAACUGCAAGAAAGAUUCAUUUGGGAAGUGAUUUGCACCUAAGGUGUAAUCUGGUAGAUCAGCUGACAACAGUACUUUGUGGUGGAUUUUGAAAGGGUUUUGCCUUUGAAAGCGUGCACAAUUAAUAGAAAGUGAUUUCCUUUAUGUGGCAUUGUAUUUCUAAACCUCUAUUAAUUAUAGUCUCCCUUUUAAUGGGUGAUGCAAUAAAAGUAUUCACAGUGUAACUUGAGUCCGCCUGCUGUUGAUGUUGGUAGGCAGCAUCAGUUUAUACAGUGAAAUCUAGACUAUCCUGUAAAACCUGGAUUUUAAUUCAUUGUAAUUCUUCCAGUUGUAGCAAUCUCCUCCAGAAGUAAAGCUCAUAUUUUGUCACCAGCAUCUGUGAUGUGAAAAGAGGAUUUAGACAAGUGCAAUACAGUUGCAGUCAAAUUUUAAAAAAACACCACAAAUUUAUUUGGGGCUAAAUUGUAUAAAUUGGUCUAUACUUUUAAUAUUUAAAUUUUUAAACAAACUGUUGGAAUUGAGCGUUUAGAUUUGUAUAUACAAGUGUAGCAGUUUUUAACUCUAGUACUUAACACAGUGGUAUAUAUUCAUAAGGAACAUAAACUAAUUCAGACAACUUAGGUCAACUGGAGAUAGUUUGCCAUAUUUUAUAUGUGUGCAGAUAUUGAGAACAAACGGUAGACUGAGUUGUAAUUAUACUUUAUUUUGCUAGUACAAGAUAGAACUAUAAUGGUGGAUUGUUUUAGUUCAUAAUUGACUAUAUGAUAGUUCAUCUGUUUAGAAAACAUAUUCAAUAUGUCCAAUUGGACAUCAUUUUCAAUAGAGAUGAAUUUCAAAUUGUGAGUUAACUUAGUGGCAAAGUCAAUUAUCGUUUUUAAGUAUCAAACAUUCAAUGUGACAAAACUGAUUUUCGGGCUGUUUGGGAUUUUGCCAGAUUUAUUAAAAGUACUGGUCUUUGAAUGCAUAACAUUUUAAAUUAGAAAAAAAAACAUAAAUUCAUUUGCUAUUAAAGAUGUAAUUUGGUGUCCUGUGGUUAUGGUGCUUGAUGUUUGAAAAGGCUUGAAUAGCGUUGUUGGAAGUGACUGCAAACUGUGGCAAGGAAUACCACAAAAGCAAUGUUUGGAGAUUCAGGUGAUGUCGAGCGAGGAGAAUGAUCCAUUAUGACUUAAGAUGACAUGGCAGAGAAAUGAAAUGAGACAUUAUGGAUGGAGCUAGGUUGAAAUGUUAAGCGUGCAUUGUCAGCCUUUAUUCAGAUUAACAGGUAAAGAAUAAUUGUGCGCUCUGCUUUAAUUUAGGUUUUGUUGGUUUUCUCUACAAGAAGUCAAAAUCCCAUUAAUCCAAAAUUUUACACAGUUCCUUCCUACAGAUUUCUAAGUAGAAAAUUCAGACAUAUUUUGAGGAUGAAGCACAGAAAUUUCCCUAGAAAUCCUUUUAACCAAUUAUACCUGUGGAGCCAUUGUUUAUUUUACUUAUCUGGGUAUUUUCAUUUACAGUCUUCAUUCUGAUCCCAGUGUCAGGAUUUUAUUGCGUCUAUGCUAGUUCAGUGGGUGCAAGAGGUAGCAGAUCCUUUGUCUCGCAAAGCAAGCAAAAGUGGUUGAUAGGACGGUAAUAGGUCUCAGUUAAUAUCUCACAAUCACUGCUGCCUGCACACUUUGUGAAAUGGUUUUAACCUUUUCACUGGGUUAUUUGGUUUACAGACCUGUCAUUGUGACUAAGCAAACUGAGGUAUAUGAACUGCCAGUGUGUGCACAUACCUGUGGUAACCUGCCAAAAGAUAUGUAUUUUUAAGAGAAAGUGAAGCUGCUGUUCAUAGUUGCUGACUGUUGUAUUGUCACUGUGCUCUAGUAACAGAACAGAAAUGCAUGGAGCUGCAAUAGAGCAUUUUUUUCCUCACUGACCUAUUUUUUACGAGCAGUGCUCUAAACCUGCCUAUUAUUUGUAUUAAUGUCCAUUUUUGUUUAAUGAUGAUUGUAAGGAGUGCAUUGAUAUAAAUAGACCACUGUACUGUGACUCUGGUUGUAUUGACAACGUUACUCGAGACUUUAUAAUAAACUUCAAUAAACAUUA